AUGGCCAAAGUCCGCCGGAACAGCGCCAUCACCGCGGCCGUCUGCUACUUCAUCGCCAUCAUCUUCCUCAUCCUCGUCAUCAUCGGCAACACCUCCAUCAAGCCCGUUCUGACGGACAUUUACUUCUUCAAACUCGAUGUCUCCGACAUCAUCCCGCUCUCCUCGGCCAACGCCGUCCUCCUCAACUCCGUAGCCCGCAGCCUGGGACUCCACGACUUUUACCAAGUCGGUCUCUGGAACUUUUGCGAAGGCUACAACGAUGAGGGCGUCACCUUCUGCUCAACCCCCCAGCGCAUGUGGUGGUUCAACCCCAUCGAGAUCCUCACCAACGAGCUCCUCGCCGGCGCCACCAUCGCCCUCCCCUCCGAGGUCAGCACCAUCCUCAACAUCCUCCGCAUCGGCCAGCAGGUCAUGUUCGGCCUCUUCAUCUCCGGCAUCUCCCUCGCCGCCGCCCUCCUCAUCGUCACCCCGCUCGUCAUGCGCUCGCGCUGGUGGAGCCUGCCCAUCGCCAUCUUCGCCGCCAUCGCGGGCCUCCUCGUCACCGUCGCCUCCAUCAUCGGCACCGUCAUGAGCGUCGGCGCCAAGAUCGCCCUCACCCAGCAGUCCGAGCUCAACAUCAACGCCGUCCUCGGCGUGCGCAUGUUCGUCUUCAUGUGGCUCGCCAGCGCCCUCGUCGACCUCGCCGCCAUCCUCCACAUGGCCAUGGGCUGCUGCUGCUCGCCUAGGAAAGAGAGGGAGGCUGCCGCCGCCGCCGCUGCUGCCGGCGGGGCGAGCACUACGCCGGAGAAGACGACCAACACGACUGAGAGCGGCGAGAAGCCGUCGAGGCUGCCGGCUUUUAUGAGAAAGCGCAGCCCGAGGUCGUCGACGUCGUAG